GGGUUUGUCUUAACUUCCCGUAGUGAGAUGGCCGUGCAGUCCCCUGCUGGUUCCCGUGAAUUCCAAACGAGUUCUGUGGACGGUCAGCAGGAGGCGAGACAACUCACCCCAGUCCUCCUCCACACCCACUGGUGAAAAAUAAAAACGAUGCCGUCUGAUUGUUAUUGCGCUGCAGUCGGCACCAGUAAGGGCCUCAAUUUGGGUGGAAGACCGCCCUGUGUCUUGAUGGACAGCCAAUCGGAUCCUCCGGCUCAACGCAGCGUUGGAGAACCUUUUCAUGUAGCUGGGCAGCCUGGCUGCCUCCCUGCCUCCAGAUGAAUGAAGAGCACUCCGGAACACAGAGACACUGCUGAUACAGGGCAUGCAGGUGUUUCUGCAAAUAUGAUGAAGAAAAAGAAUCCCAAUAAAAAACAUAAGAGUAAUCUGGGUCCAGCCACCAAAGUUCUGUCCCAACCUCGACGUAACAUUGUUGGCUGCAGGAUCCAACACAUCUGGAAGGAUGGGAGUGGACAUGUAGUAUGGAAAGGCACCGUGCUCGACCAGGUGCCAGUGAAUCCUUCUCUCUAUCUGAUAAAGUAUGACGGCUUUGACUGCGUGUAUGGUCUGGAGCUACAUAAAGAUGAGCGAGUUCAGGGCCUGGAGGUGCUCCCCGACAGACUUGCUAAAUCCCGCCUGACAGAUAUCAGUCUCGCGGAUGCAAUGAUAGGCAAAGCGGUGGAACAUAUGUUUGAGACAGAGGAGGGUCCCAAGGAGGAGUGGAGGGGGAUGGUGCUGGCCCGGGCUCCCAUCAUGACCACCUGGUUUUAUAUAACCUAUGAGAAAGAUCCUGUCCUUUACAUGUACCAGCUGCUGGACGACUUUAAAGAAGGCGACCUCCGCAUCAUGCCUGACUCUAAUGACAGUGUCCCAACAGAGAGGGAACCAGGUGAGGUGGUGGACAGUUUGGUGGGUAAACAGGUGGAGUACGCCAAAGAGGACGGAGGCAAACGAACAGGCAUGGUCAUCCACCAGGUGGAGGCCAAGCCGUCUGUCUACUUCAUCAAGUUUGACGACGACCACCUCAUUUACGUCUACGACUUGGUCAAAACUUCGUAAGACUUGGCCGACGUCCCGAUCCCGCCAUCCCGUCUCCCAGGACAGAGUUGGGGAAAAAAAACGACACCCACAUCCUGAUCCAGUACAUGUUCUGCAGACCCUUAAAGGCCUUGGGGGCGUUCUUUCCAUGCUAUUUCAGUUCUACUUUGAAAAAGUCAGCAGUUAGGUCAUGAUGUAACCCAAGCGUAUCACAACAUAAUAUGGCCUUGUCGUCGCACUCAUAGAAAUAAACUAAGAUGAUUGGUAGGUCACAUCCGAUAACGCGAGUUAAACAAAAUAGAUGCUUGUAUUGUCAUUUCAGAAUCAGGACAUAAGAGACAACCCAAGACGUCCUUGUCCGUCUCAGCCAGUACUGACAACAGUAUUAGUAUACAAUCCUCACACACAUCACUGUCACAAUUAUUAUCUUCAUUUAAGGUCACAUAUAAAACAAGAUCUAAACGAUGCUAUACCAAGCCCUAAAUAAUGUUCAUUUCUUACAUACUUUAUUAUAUAUUUAUUGCUUGGGAUGUAUUUUAAUGACAUUAUUGAGAAUUGACAGUAGGAAACAUACCAGACCUGCCAACGUGUAUGCAUUUUAUACACACUGCACGCAUUAGUGCACCUUGCUGCUCUCCAGGUGCGCAUUUAGCUGCAUUUGUCACUGAAACUGUUUCAAGUUCAGUUUCUGUGCGCAGCGUGGCUUACACUUCCAAAAGAAUCCUCGAGUUGAGGUUGACCAUUAAAGCCGUGAUUGGUCGGUUUGCGGAACAUCAUUUCCUGGUCCCUAUUUCCACCUCUGCGAACGACUUCGCCUCCAGUUUUGGAUCAACAUUAAAAAAAAACUUAUUGUCACACAUGGAUUAGUUCCAGCUGCAAUAACACUCCACUUCUCUCUUUAAUUACAAUUGUUCACUCACUUGAAGGAAGCUAACAAGUCGAGAAGAGUUGCGGUUGCUCACAUAGCUGACGUCACGUCACACGCUCAACCCUGAUAAAAGCAGGGGGGUGCAAAGUGCAGCUUUGGUGCCACAAAAAAAAAAAAAAACAAAAAUAAAAAAAUAGAGCAAAAGGUGCAAUGUAACAAGGAGAAGCUAAUAAUAAUGUAAAACUUAGUGCUUAAAAAUUAAAAUUACAGUAAUCCCUCACCACUUUGAAUUUCUUUGGCUUCAUUCGAUUACACUUUUUGAAAAAUGUAUUAAUGAAUAAAUCAUGCUGUUUUUUAUUGAAUACAGCCUAUUAGAAUAAAAAGCAUAUUUAAGCUAAAAAUCUCACUUUUUUGCUUAAUAAUUUUCAAGCAUAAAAAUGAAACUAAAUGAAUUCAAAGUGAUAUGUAAUAUUCUACAUUGGUCACCAGGUGUCAGUAAUGUUCCUGUAAUGUUCGGUGAGACACACAAGCACCAGACUUGAUUCGCCGGAACAGCAGGCUUUUAUUGCAGGUUUGAAGGAUCUCACAACAGGCACAAUAACCCCUAACACGGGCUACUGUAACCCGCGUCAAACUCAACUCUGAACCCCCGCUAUUAUAUUACCAUACUAUAUUAUGUCCACUAUAUUGGGUGAUAGGAGUGUAAAGUUAUAGGGGUGUUAUUCAUAUCUAGAGGGCUCUAAUAAUGUUACACAGGUUGUCUAUGCUCUAACUAUGAAAAUAUUCUAUUCAUGAAUAAAGACUCCGACUACGCUGAAAUUCACUUGUCACAGUCUGGUCUGAAACCAAUUAACCGUGAAGGACGAGGGAUUAUUGUACAUUAAAAAUGUUUUAAAAAAUUAUUUAAAAUAUUAUAGUGCUGGGGUGGUGUACUCAUAAAAUGUCUGCAAGGUUGGCAGGUCUGGUAUACAGUAAAAAUAUUCUGUAUUAGUAAUAUACAUCCAUAUAUAUAUAUACUGUGUAUAUAUAUAUAUAUAUAUAUAUAUAUAUAUACUGUGUAUAUAUAUAUAUAUAUAUAUAUAUAUAUAUAUAUACAUAUACAGUAUAUAUAUAUAUAUAUAUAUAUAUAUAUACCUUAAUUAGGCCUCUAUUUUGAAACACCCUUUGCACUUCUGUGUCACUCCGUAUUUCUUCCCUUAAAAAGUUCUUCAUUUAAUGAAGAUCCAAUGUAUGUAUGUACAUUUGCAACUAACAAUGAAACACUUAUUGUCAUCAUUCGGAAUGACUAAUAUUUGGCAAAUGUUGUGACAAAUGUGACAAAAAAACGAUAUUUUGUCCUAUACUAUCAGAAAUGGGCUUUAAUUCUCCUUGAAGAAAAACUGCACUUUUUUUUAGAAGUUUGUCCAACAUCCACAAUCUUUAUGUGAGACGUCUUUCUCUUUUCUGUGCUUUCUAAAGAUAGAAAAACAUAAGAGGUAGCUAAGAACGCACGUAAUGGGAUACAACUAUUCCGCCUAUAAAGCCUUCUGAAAAAGCUUGCAGAAACCGCCAACAACGCUCCAUUUACAUAAUGUGACCUGCAUAUUAACCAAGCAACAACGACAUUGUUAUUAUUAUUAACAUUGUUACGCAGAAGAACUACGUAACUUGCGUAGUGACGCCUCGCCACACCACACCGGCUAGCUAUGAGCGGCUAGCUUCAACGCACACUUGCCCACAGCGCGGCACUGAUGUGUCAGGCCACUACCGAAAGGUAAACGCUACGUAUUGGAGCUGCGGCCACUACUGCUGUGUUUUUGUUUUUGAGUUAGGAAAAGUUAACGCUAGGUGAAGCGUUCGUUUCUAUGUUGCUACGUGAAAUCAAUGCGCCCAGGAAGGAAGUUCCGGGAAUGCUUAAAACGACCAAAGUUUGGCAACAUACUGUAAGUAUUACAUGUUAUCAUGAAUGUACCUGUUACUACACGGUCACAGCAUGGAUAUAAAACCAUACAACCUUGUUGGACGUCUUUGGAGGUGUUUAAAUAGCGGGCUUUCUAGGCAGAAUAGGUGUGUCCCAUUACAUGCAGUAAUGAACUGUCUCUUUAGCUGUUUUUAUGUCUUUAGAACGCACAGAAAAGAGAACGUGUGUUCAUGUCUCACAUAAGGAUUGUGAGUGACGGGCAAAAUUUCAGCAGUGCAGUUUUCCUUUAGGCGAAGACGAGACAAAAACACCAAGGAAUCUACAGUAUCUGUAAGACAUUCAAACUCCAGACAUUAUGGGACAAGGAAUUUAUUCAAACCUGACUAUUGAUCAUAUCAAAUCUCAACAAUAGAGCGGGAUUUUGUACAGAACAAGGCCUUGUACUAAAAAAGAAAAUAAAAAAAAACACUUUCACCAACUGCGAUUCAUUCAAGAGUGCAAUGGAAACCUCAUCAUAAAACGUCUGCGGUUGAAAUCUGUGAUCUAAAACAAAAAAGGGGGACUUUUUUCCUGCUUUUAUCAUUGCCAAAACCGCUUUUUGAUGUGGAUUUUUUUUUUUAAGUGUUGCGGAUAGUGUUUCUUAUUAUUUGACUUAAGCCUUUACGUAUGCGUUCAUGUUGUACUUACAAUGAAGGAGUUUAACACCAGAAACAAAACAACACUUUGUCUUUGUGUAAUAGUUUGUGACUUCAAUUUCUGCGCUUCCUCCAGUUAAACUUGUUUGAAGACAAUUAUGCAUUUUUGGUGUUGAAAUUCAAGGCAAACUUCAUUUUAUUGCUCCGACCACGGACGAUAUUCCAAUAUUUCCCCAGACCGUUCAUGUCAUGCCUUGUGUGAAAAUGGUUACGGUUGUUUGAACAUGACAAGCCUGAUGUCUGUGUUGAAAGUUAACACUGAUGGUUUUCAGUUUCAGUUUCUUCAUGCCAUGGAUGCAGUAGAUCAGGGGUGUCCAAAGUGCAGUGGGGGGGGCAUUGUGUGCAUUUUUUGUAAUUGGCACUCAACUUGUAGUGUUUCCCACAGGACUGCGAUGUCUGUGGCAGUGUUUUUUUACACCAUCGUCUGAUUUGCAUAAUUGGCCGUUAGGUAUUUGCAUGUAAUCGUUGAGGAUAAAAAACAUGAACAGCGCAACAACUACGUUUAGAAAUACAAAUGAACCUUCGUCUGUUGCUUCUUUUUAGCGUUUUUUUUUUUUAUGUCACAAACGAGACGGAGCCGCCUGCAAGUACACAGCAGCGCUCGCUGCUCAUUGUGAGAGUCCCCGUUAGAAAACCCACCAUUUUUACAUGUUCAUGUCCUCGUUUCAUUUGGUGAUGUUUUUCGUGACGCGUUAAGAUUUUGCACUUUGUUCGGCGGUCCUUGAAAUAUGAGGUAUGAGAUGCAAACGUGAAACCUAGCAAAAUGUCGCACAGAUCCCUCCUGCUACAUCUUCUUAUUCUGUGGGAGACCAGGUGCCUAUGAGUCCCAUUCUAAUAUGUUUAUGAGCAACGGCAAACAGGUAGCGGCACAUUAUUUGAAUGUAUGGGAAGCAUUGAGCUAUUCCGACGGAGUAUUAGGGCCAGAUUGACAAAAAAAUAAUAAUCUGACAUUUCGAGAAUAAAGUUGAAAAUUAACGAGAAAAAACUUUUAAUCGUAUGAGAAUAAAGUCGGAAAUUUACGAGAAAAAACGUACGUGUCGGAGUGAAAAUCUCUUGGCGACUAACUUCAGGAGGGAAAGAAACUUUCCUCUUGCUUCAGGCCAGCUUUUAUUUAUAACAUGAUGAGCAUGUCUAGCCUUUCGCCAGCAUGUGGCGCUCAAACCUCCAUCUUCCUUACCCCGCCCUCUCCACAUGCCCAAGGCCAAAGGUCACAUAAGUCCCUCCUUUUCAUAGCUGUCUCAGGCAGUGCCUGUAACAUUAAAGUUAUGACUUUAUUCUCAUAAUAUUACGAUUUUUUUCUCAUAAAUUUGCAACUUUGUGUUAAUUUACGACUUUAUUCUCAAUAUCUCAAGAUUAUUUUUUUUUCCUCAACGUGGCCCUUACACUCCGUCGUAAGAUAUAUUCUUGGAAAUUAGUCGUUUGUAAUCUUUACACGACACAAAGCUGAGACGUCGAUUUGUUCAGAUAGCGUAACAUGCUAUGGAUUGUGGGGUUUUUUGCGCCUUUUAAUGCACAAACUGUAUCAAAUCCUUCCGUUUUUCUUUUUGGACACCCUUGCUGGAGAUGGUUGUGAUGUGUUUGACACAAAAUGAUCAAACAGGAAACGUUUCUUUUUCAUUUGAUUGACAUUUUCCAUCAACGACUCAAGUUCCGGAUUUCUUUCAAUUUUGUAUUUGUAUUUCUGGCUGCCAUGUUUAUGUUGAAUUGUUGGGUGCUGUUUUGAGGGCUGAAGAGAUGAUCUUAUUCUGUAACCCCAAAUAUACUCGUAAUGUACAGUGGAAGAAUUGAAAAGAAAAAGUGGGGGAAAGCUGAGUCGCUAUUGAAAGUCAAUCAGAUGGUCGAGGAAUGCAUGUGCAGAUGAGACGUGUGUAAAAACUUCAUUUUGUGGACUUCCUGUGAUGUAGAUAGUUGCCAAAGCAGAUAGACGACAGCUGUUAUUAAUAACCGCAAAAAAGAAGCAGACUCUCUGAGACGUUUAUGUGUCCGUAUAUAGUAUGAUCAUCUCAACACGCACUGUUUGACUUGGUUAUGAAACGUGACAUUGUGAAAACACAUUUUGGCAGCAAAGUUGCAGUGGGCUCAUUUUGCAAUUACUGAUUAUCGUUGUUGAUGUCGGAAUGACAUGGGCUUUUUCUAUCAUCCUGCCUUGUAUUUUGUUUUUUGUAUGAUUAAAAUGGUAUGUUCAUUUUUAUUGUU